GAGAGGGCCUACCUUCAGUACACAAGGCAUGAGUAGGCUGCAAUUCAAACCCUUUACUCGAGUGAAGGGUUUGCCCAGCAGAGUACAUAGUACUAGCACUAGCGUUCGUCUUUGGAAGUCGAUCACUAUUGAAACACCAGGGACUCCAAGGUCCAACGAGUAUCACCCUCGAUCCCCGUGUGACCUCUAUUAUGUGUUUUUUUUUAUUUCAACAUUUAUUGCACCUCGAUCGUUUGACAUCGCCUCGUUGGGAUUGAACCACAUGUUACAAUCAUUCGUAGUGGCGUACUUGUUUCACCAUACCGCUGCGUGCUUGAGGUCGUCUUGCGUUCAAUCGACUCACGGCUUUAAAAGUUGCUGAUUUUUGCUGAUAUCGGGUCGACUUUCAAGUUAAUGAUAUCAUUGCAGAUGGUUUAUACUAUUGCAGUUGCCGGAAUAGUCAAUAAUAUUUAAUAUAUUUGAAUUCAAGGGGAAGAGAUCAAGCUCCAAAAAAUGGAAACUGCCAACUUGAAAUCGUUGAUGCACGAUCCGGACUACUACACGAAGUCGUUCCACGCGUACGCCAAAAACUCGAAGAAGUUCGCCGUGUUGGAGAGAUGGGGUGAAAAUACGUUCCCCCAACUCAUCGGAGACAGAUUGGCCAAUACCUUUCCACAAGAGACCAAUAUUAACAUGCUGGGAAUAGGAAGUGGAUCAGGUGAAAUGGAUAGCUCGAUGGCGGCAAGUGUCAAAGCCAGAUUCGAAUCCGUCCGUAAUGUCGUUCUCGAACCUGCCGCGAAGCAACUUGAGAUGUACCGCUCCUUGGUAGAAAGCAAAAAGACCGACUUGGGAGGCAUCGAGUUUGACCUCCGCCAAUGUGGCAUGGACGAAUACCGUGCCCAGGUAGGCGACCAACCAAGCAAGUACCAUUUCAUCAGCGCCAUACAUUCCCUGUACUACGCCAAGGACCACAAGGACACCAUACGGUAUCUCUACGAUUGCCUUGAGGAGGGCGGUAUUCUUCUCAUAAUCGUCGUUUCAGAUGUCAGUGGAUUUUGGCGUCUCUGGGACCGGUUCACCCGAUUCCAAGACAGCGUCAGUCGCUACCUCUGCACCACACACAUACGAGAUAGCCUCUCGUCUCUCGGGAUCACGUUUGACGAAUCCCGCCAAGCGUCACGCGUCGACAUCACCAGCUGCUUCCAAGAGGGAUCCGACGACGGGGAACUCAUCGUCGACUUUCUCAGCCACACUGUCGAUCUCCGGGGAUCGGCAUCGCCGGAGCUGUAUCGAGAGGUGGUCAAUUACAUGGGAUCGGAGAAGUGCGCUGAACGGAAAGAAGAUGGGUCAAUUCUCUUUAACAACGACUGGGACGCUACUAUAAUUCAAAAACCAUUGUCUAAGUAAAAUGUCCAAAAGGUAGGAGGGGGAGUCACUUUAUACAAGCCCGUUAGAGAAGUUCUGUUUUGUGAACAGGUAUAACAGUCCACUAAUGGGCAUUAGAAUACAAUACCUAUGAAUACAAUAUGCUGAUAGUGGUUCCUUUUAACUUGACGCAGGUUUCGUCAGUGUCGAGUCCAAACCAGAAAAUUGUUGAUUUGAAUCAAAAGAGAAAAUUCACAAACUAGUAUAUGGCUGAAAGUUUCAUCAAAGUCUAAGUAACAUAAGAAAGUUAUGACAUUAUAAAUUUCGCACAAAACGUUAUUAUGUACACCUCAUUGUCGUGAGUCGAUGAUGUGACUAUGACUCCCUCACUCACUAUCUCUUUUUUUAAUGAAAAUGAAGAGCCUUACAUCUGUAUGAGAAUGAAAAUAUUCUCUCUAAAAUAUAAUGUAUUGGGUAGACCAAGAAGCACAAAUAAUUCGAGAGAUCCAUUCUCGGCAUUCUUCACAAGUUCUAUGAUAAACCCAUGCAGUAAAUUUUCCACAAAGAAAUGCGGGCACGAAAAGUCACAAAAAAUGUCCACCAUGCAUGAACCGGUUUUUUUUUGGCAGGUUACUCACCUCAUUCGCAUUAAAAAUCCAUCUUGAAAAGCACAGCAAAAUCAAGUCCGUCUCGUCUGGAGUAAAAGCAGAAAAGAGCGGACAGAUGACCCCCGAUCCCAUUAAUCAACAUGACUAAAAUGUAACAAUAACAUUUGCUAAGGUAUUUUUUUAAAAAUGGCGAUAAUAUUAAUAGUAUCUAUCAGCAUCGACCAUUUUUUCUGUAUAGGCCUAAAAGGAUUGUCGAGUGGUUGUGUAUACCUGCACCACAUAAAAAUAUGUAAUCAUAUUGUAUAUGGGUAUAAUUUUCUGCUCCCUUUUUUAAUUGCUGCAUUUGCUAAGGUAUUUUUAAGAAAUGGCGAUAAUAUUGAUAGUAUCUAUCAGCAUCGACCAUUUUUUUCUAUAUAGGCCUAAAAAGGUUGUCGAAUUGUUUGUACCUGCAUCAUAUAGAAUAUGUAAUUAUAUUGUAUAUGAGUAUCAUUUUCUGCUCUCUUUUUUAAUUGCUGCAUUUUCUAAGGUAUAUAUAUUAAAAAAAAAAAUCGCGAUAAUAUGGAUUAUGGAUCUCUAAGCAUCGACCAUUUUUCUAUAUAGGCCUAAAAGGGUUGCAGAGUUGUGUAUACCGUCCUGCACCAUUUAGAAUAUGAUAAAUCAUAUUGUAUAUGAGUAUAAUUUUCUGCUCCAUUUUAUUGCUGCAUUUGCUAAGGUAAAUAGAAAUAAAAACACUUUUCUAACGGAA